AUGUCGGCUGAUUUCUGGGCCGGCUAUCUCAGCGGAAUAGUCGGCAUUAUAGUAGGCAACCCUCUCGAUAUAGAAAAAGUACACCAACAAACGAGAAGCAAUGUUGCCCAGAAACUAUAUAACCAGAGCUCGGUAGCCUUUAUGAAAGGCACCGCCGCUCCCAUCUUCGGGUACGGGGCUCUAAAUGCGCUUCUGUUCUAUUCAUACAAUCGGUCGGAAGCAAUUCUGAAACAGGUGGCAUCAACCCCGGACGCCGGAUGGGUUACCUGGACAGCCGGAGCAGUGAGCGGCCUGGGAGUUUGGAUAGUCAGCGCUCCGACCGAGUUAAUCAAAUGCCGAGCACAAAUGUCCACGCCAGCUACAUCGAGCUGGGCGAUUUUGAAGCAGAUAUGGAAGAGAGAGGGUGUAAAGGGCCUCUAUUAUGGCGGGGUUGUCACAGCGCUUCGGGAUAGCAUCGGCUAUGGCUUUUACUUCUGGACAUACGAAUUGGCUCAUCGCCACUGGCCCGCUGCCCGAGGGCAGGAAGACGCUGCUUCAGGGCGACGAGAUACAUCAAAGGUGUUGGUGUGUGGUGGAAUUGCAGGAAUUGCGACUUGGGCCAGUGUGUUUCCUCUCGACGUCAUCAAAUCGCGCCUCCAGACGCAGCAAUAUUCCCACAGGCCCACGACGAAUGAGAUGCCGUUUCUGAUGUACGGCAGCACAAGUAACAGGCGGUAUGGAGCAUGGCAGGUGACAAAAGAUGCUUACAGAGAGGGGGGGAUUCGUCCCUUUUUCCGGGGCCUAUCAAUCUGCAGCGUCAGAGCCUUUGUGGUGAAUGCCAUUCAAUGGGCUGUAUACGAGUGGAUCAUGAACGAAGUAAAGAUAGGCAAUAAAGAUCAAAUGAAAUUGCUUACAGAGGCUUAA